AUGGCCACGCACGGGCAUGGGGCGCGCCGCGCCGCGGCCGCCAACGAGCCGGCGGCGCCCUGCGAGGGCGAGCGGGCAGGCACCUGGCCUCCGGCUGCCCCGGGCCGUCGCUCCCCGGGCCCCGGCUCCCGAGCUCCGGCUCGAAGCACCUCCCCGGUGGCUUCCCGCGCGCCUCCGACUGCGACCGCCGAGCCCGCUCCGCGGCCCCGGCGGCCCGCGCGCGCCGCCCGCCGGGGGCUCACAGCGGCCACGAGGGAGCGUCCGCGGCCCGCGCUCCCGCGCCGAGACGCCGAGGUGAUAAGGAUGAUGCUUCCAAAAUACAUUUGGAUGUUUGCAGCUAAGCUGACUUCGAAGCCAUGGGGUUCCUCCAGAUGUUGGCUGGACUUUGUCCUUGCAUCUCCCCAGGCUCAUCCUCAAAAUCUGCAGUUCAUAACAGAGCGGCCAUACCGACUACUGGAAGGAGGGGAUUCUGAAGAUAGGGAGGCCUCAGCCUACCUCGCCCCUCCUGAGAGGCCCUCCUGGUUCUCCAGUUCCUCUGUCCUUCUCACCUCGCCUGCUCUCUCGGCUGCCGGCUCCGUCCCCCACCACUCUUCACCCCAAGCCUGGCACCUGCUGGAUAGAUACCUGCGGCAUGAACCAGGCGCGGGGAGUGUCCCUGUGAUGCCCAUUUUUACGCGCGAGGAGACGGAGGCUCGGAGAAGACGGGUCCAUGGGAUUCGGGGUGAGAGAACAAGGACCUGCACCCGGUCUGCCCGACGCCGGAGCUUCUGCGGUGAAGUCAUGCUCUUCGGGUUCCGGUGGUGCCUCCUCCCUCUCCACCCAGCCUCGCAGAAUCACUGGCUGCAGCCCUGACCUCUCAGAGGAAGACACGAUCACAGAGGCCACCUGUCCGGCCCGAGGAGAGAGCGGGAGCCUGGCACGGGCCGACCCCUCGCGUGGAGCCGCCGGACUCGCAUCUGCAGCUCACAGGCAGAGAGGACAGGAGAGCUGGCCCGGGGCCGCUUUGGCAAGUGCCCACGGCCCUUCGUCCGAGGAUGAAGGAAGCCAUCCUCUGGAGUCACUUAAAUAAGCACAGCGCCUGGCCCCAGAAAGACACCGCGGGGCCUCCUCGGACAUCUAUUUCCUCUGACUGACAGUGAGUGUGAAACACCUAACAUUUUAGCGGCCAGCUUCCCCCAUCCCCUGGCCAGCCGGCUUCGCGUGCAACGCAGCUCUCUGGCAGCCCGAGACUGCAGACUCAGACAGUGUGGAAUAAACAUCAGGACGCGGUCCCAGGAUUUACUGCCCCAUACACAUUUUGGACUAACAUCACAGGACAUUUCUCCCCACCCGCCCCCCAAGUUCAUCCACCCUGUUCCUGGGGUUUGAAAAGAUUUGAGGGCGAGGGAAGUGCCAUUGAAGCAAGUAGUAGAUUUCACAUCCUGGCGCUGUUUGUGUAGCUGCCACAUGUGGCCCAGUGUUAAGUAGCUGAGCAUUACUGCUCGCAGCCGCCCAAGUCAGCCCUCACCUUCUGGGGAGGUGACUUCAAACAGCCUCUCAAGGGCGCAGAGAGGAGGAGAGGAGAGGGGGUUACCACUCAGGCUGCAGGAAUGCACUCUCCCGUCUGUGCUUUCUGCUUGUUGGAGCCAUUCCGGAGCCGGAAGUGCAGAGGAAUUUGAAGGGUGCCUUCAGAUAAGGCGCUGGAAACCCCGAUAUUUGCAUGAGAGCUGGCAUUCUAGCAGCGACGUCUUUUAAAGCAUAACUAAAGGUAAUUUUCAGUUGGGAAGGUUCCCAGAUCAGGAGUGCAAGGUAUGCUGAAUCAGGGAAGAGAAGCUUUGCUGUGAAGAAAAGCUCACCUCUGCAUUUCUCAGGACAAAAGCAGCCACUUGGAGCGUCUCCCGCAGCACACCGGUUCUGCUGGGGCAGGCGGAGCCCGCCCGAGGAGGCUGCUCACAACGCAUGUGCAACUAGCCAGUGACAAACCCUCCCCGUGCAGAGCUGGGAAGCCUGGAUGAGGCUGGAAGAAAUAGAAGCUGGCUGGACACGCCGACCUGGGGAGCCCUCACGGUGGCUAGCCUGUUGAAUUUUUUCUUUUUUUUCCGUUGCCUGGUAGACUUUCUCAGAGCUUGAAGAGUUCUUGAAGGUCUUCCAGAUAGCUUUCUGUAUUGAAAAUAAAGCAAUAUACUCAUUA